ACAUGCCAAUAUUGUGAUGGCCUUUUGGUCUGUCAACGCCCCUCUAACAUGGCGAUAGAGAUAUAUGUAGAGAGAGAGCGAUUUCAUUACAAAGCCCCUCUCCUGCAAAAUCAAUUUAGGAGUGAGAAAGCAUUUUCUCCCCUGCAAAAUCAAACUCCCAUUCUUUUGCCAUUUUCUUUCAUCAAGAACUCAUGGCGUCCAUGAGAUUCUAUCUCUUCUUUGGUUUCUCUCUCUACAGCUGCAUAUUCGCGGCUAAGCCCGAGUCUUAUGCUGCUUUAUUCAGCUUUGGUGAUUCACUUGCUGAUACCGGGAACACGCUUCUCUCUCUAAAUGGCGGGUCCUCUCCAACUGGCCGCCUUCCUUAUGGAGAGACCUUCUUUCAUAGGCCUACUGGUCGCUUCUCUAAUGGCCGCUUGGUCGUCGAUUUCUUUGCGCAAGCGUUGGGUGUGCCUCUCCUUCCACCGUAUCUUUCUACAUUGGACGGUGGAGACGACUUCUCUAAAGGAGUGAAUUUCGCGGUGGGGGGUGCCACGGCCCUUGAUUCCUCUUAUUUUAUAUCGAAAGGGUUUGAACAACAUUGGACCAAUUACUCUCUUGGUGUUCAGCUUGAGUGGUUCCACCAACUCCUACCUUCUCUUUGUAAACCAUAUUCUGAUUGCAAAGAGUUUAUGAAAAAAUCGAUGUUCCUGGUGGGAGAGAUAGGAGGUAAUGACUGCAACUAUGCCUUCGCUCGAGGGAACAGCACUGAGGAGGUCAAGGCUUUUGUGCCUGACAUCAUUGACACGAUCAUGAAAGCUGCCUCGAUACUCAUUAGUGAAGGUGCUGAGACUCUGAUAAUACCUGGAAACCUUCCAAUUGGCUGCAGCACUAUGUACCUUACACAACAUCAUACACUCGAUAAGGGUCAAUAUGACCCCAAUACUGGAUGUUUGACACGCUUCAACGAUUUCGCAUGCUACUACAACUCGAAGCUUCAAGAUGCCAUUAAAGACAUGAGAGUAAGGUUUCCCCAAGCCACCAUCAUCUAUGCCGAUUACUACAACGCUGCGAUGCUUUUCUUCGAAUCCCCAGGAUUAAUCGGUUUCCCUAAAGAGACAGUUCUCUCUGCCUGCUGUGGAGUUGGAGGCCAAUACAACUUUGACCCUCGCCGUACGUGUGGCAAACCAGGGGCGACAGUGUGUGAUGACCCAUCCUUGUACACAAAUUGGGAUGGAAUCCAUCUCACUGAAGCUGCUUACAAAGUCAUUGCGACCGCAUUGCUUAGUGGAGAAUUCACACAUCCUCCGCUCAAGCUUGACCAGCCACGUUUUGAGACUGAUCUAAAUAUGGUUGCCUAAGAAUGACUUUAAAAUCAUAUGAGAGGAAAACAAAUGUAACCUACAUCUCAAUAUGUAAAUGGUGUUAGGUAACAUGAAAUACUAUUUUUCCAUUUGAUAGACGAUUUCUAACACUUACGGUAAAGUAUGGAUCAACUCAAACUUUAAGUCUCAUGGUACCGG